AUGGCCAAUCUACAAGUGUCACAUGUGUUAGAAUGGCUACCGCCAGGGCAAACGAUCGAGGAUUGCCUUAUGAAGGGCAAAAGCCGGGUGGAAUGUCAUAACUAUAUUAGAGUUAUGGUGCGACAAUCCAAUGGACGCAGUCUUAUUUGUGGCACACACGCAUAUUCGCCCAAAUGUCGCGAAUAUGCUUAUUCGGACGAUGAUCGCAUGCUGCAACAGAGACGCCAAUUCGAUGGGCAGGCGAUUGCACCAUACGAUCCAAAACAUAAUUCUACCGCGGUUUACAUUGCCGAUGCUAAUGAAAUUUAUACCGGAACAGUAUCAGAUUUUGCCGGCAAUGAUCCACUUAUUUACAGGAAAAGAUUGUCGGAUGACGAAGGAUUAAGGACACAACGAGAUGACCUUAAAGUACUCGACUCACCAAAUUUCGUGGCAUCAUUUGUUUACGGCAACCAUGUUUAUUUCUGGUAUCGCGAAUGGGCUGCUGAAGUGAGUGAUGGCGAUCGACAGAUCUACGCUCGAGUUGCAAGAGUUUGCAGAAGCGAUCGCGGUGGCGCGCGUCCGGCCCACGAACGUUGGACGUCGUACGUGAAGGCACGAUUGAACUGUUCAGUGCCAGCAAAUACGCCAUUUUACUUCAAUGAAUUGCAAGCGGUGACCGAACCAGUAGCGGCAAUCGACGGUUCUUCUUACGUGUACGCCGUUUUUUCAACACCUGAAAGCAGUGUUCGAAUGUCAGCUGUAUGCGUAUACCGGAUGGAAACUAUCAAACGGAUUUUUGAUUAUGGACAUUUUAAAAUCCAAAAAACUGUUCAAAGUUUUUGGGUACCUUAUAGGCCGCACGAGAGUAUGCCUGUUCCAAGGCCUGGAUCGUGCGUUGCGGAUUCAUCAAAGUUAUCGGAAAACAUUGUUUCGUUCAUCGCACGCAAUCCACUGAUGCAUGAAGCGGUACCUGCGGUACGUUCAAAACCAAUCCUUGUUCAGGGACCUGAACGUGCUUCAUUCACGCAGAUUGCCAUUUCCCCAAAAAUUCAUUCAGUUAAAAAAGGGGCAACACAUAACGCCUUAUACAUUGGUACCUCAGAUGGACAUGUCCUGAAACUCUAUGACCCCCAAGAUGGUCCUACAACAAUCGUUCAGUCGGUGAAAGUUUUCCCCAAGAAUUCACCUAUUAUUAAUUUGAUGGCUACCAAUGAGCAGUUGAUUGUGGUCAGUGCAGACGAAAUAGCGGCAGUACCGCUGGAAUAUUGUUCGGAACAGCGGAAUUGUGCAGGUUGCGUGCACUUGCAGGACGCACACUGUGCAUGGGAUUUAGACAGUGCACGUUGUAUUGGUCGCAGCGUGUGGUCAGGCGAGAAUUUCGUCCAAAACAUACUCCUCGGACAGUCGGAGCAAUGUCCUGAAGGCGCCGUGAAUCCUGACUACUACGCGAUUAACGGUAAGGAGGCGCUGCUCGAGUUACAUUCGGAACGCGUCACUUCAUCGGACGAAAAAGCAAACAAUUCCGGUAGUGAACGACUUGUCAUUGCUGUUUUGAUAACGAUGGCUAUUGCUUCCGCCUGUGGCUUCUUUGCCGGCUACCGGUUUUCCAGGUGGAGAUCAGUACAGGAUGGUCAGCAUCGUUCGCCCGGUUCUUCUACAGGAAGUUAUGAUUCAUACGGACGUGCACGCUUAACACGUCACGAUUCCUUAGCUGGUGCCAAAUUGGAGCAUGUUUACGGUACCGGACUCGGAAAGGAUACAGUAUCAUUGGCUUCUGGUGUACCUCAAAAUGGCACACCAUUUUUAAAUUUCGGUAGUAAUGUCAACUCCGGUUUUGUGACACCCAAAUUUCCCACAGAAAAAAAUUUUGUAACAUAUUUGAAUAACAGUACUCUGCCAAGGGAUUAUAAGGUUAAAAAAGUUUAUUUAUAG